AUGCUUCUCCUCCGUCUCUCCAUGCUGAUUCUGCUCACACAGCCUUCAAGGUCAGUGGGAGCAGAAAUGAAGACCUAUUCCCAGAGAGCAGUGACCAACGCCUGUACCCUCGUCAUGUGUAGCCCCGUGGAGAAUGGCCUACCUGGUCGCGAUGGACGGGAUGGGAGAGAGGGCCCCAGGGGCGAGAAGGGAGAUCCAGGUGUGCCAGGAGCUUUAGGGCGAGCGGGGAUGCCUGGACCAGCUGGACCAGUUGGUCCCAAAGGGGACAAUGGGUCUGUUGGAGAACCCGGACCAAAAGGAGACACUGGACCAAAUGGACCUCCAGGACCUCAAGGUAUGCCUGGUCCAGCUGGAAGAGAGGGUCCCUCAGGGAGGCAGGGGAACGUAGGACCUCAAGGAAAACCAGGCCCUAAAGGAGAGGUUGGGCCCAAAGGAGAGGUGGGUGCUCCAGGCAUGCAGGGCUCUGCAGGGACAAGAGGCCCCACAGGUCUUACAGGAGAGAGAGGAGCCCCUGGUGAGCGUGGAGCCCCUGGCAAUGCUGGGGCAGCAGGAUCUGCUGGAGCCAUGGGUCCACAGGGACCUCCAGGUGCCAGGGGACCCCCAGGACUGAAGGGGGACAGAGGUGUUCCCGGAGACAAAGGAGCCAAGGGAGAGAGUGGGCUUCCAGAUAUCGCUGCUCUGAGGCAGCAGGUGGAGGUCUUACAAAGACAGGUACAACACCUCCAGGAUGCCAUCUCUCAGUAUAAGAAAGUGGAGCUCUUCCCCAACGGCCGAGGGGUCAGCGAGAAGAUCUUCAAGACGGGAGGCUUUGAAAAAACUUUUGAGGAUGCACAGCAGGUAUGCACACAGGCCGGAGGACAGAUGGCCUCCCCACGCUCUGCAGCUGAGAAUGAGGCCUUGCAACAGCUGGUCACAGCUGAGAACAAGGUUGCCUUCCUGAGCAUGACCGACACCAAGACGGAGGGCAAGUUCACCUACCCCACAGGGGAGACCCUGGUCUACUCCAACUGGGCCCCCGGGGAGCCCAACAAUGAUGGCGGGGCAGAGAACUGUGUGGAGAUCUUUACCAAUGGCAAGUGGAACGACAAGACCUGCAGAGAGCAGCGCCUCGUGAUCUGCGAGUUUUGA